UGCCUAAUAAACCCCAUGAGGCCUCAGUGCUUGUGGUCAUGUGCUCACGGUCUUGUUGCCAAAACUUCCCUGUCUUCACCCCCGUGGCCUGAAGUGCCAAAACUUCCAGAUCCAGUGGAAGAAGCCAAGUAUCAUGCAGAGGUGGUGCAGAAGGUGAACGGGAUGAUCUCCGCGGGGGAGUACGGGCGGCUCUUCGCCGUCGUCCACUUCGCCAGCAAGCAGUGGAAGGUCACCAGUGAAGACCUGAUCAUGAUGGACAACGUGCUGGAGGCUGAGUGUGGAGACCGGAUCCGGCUGGAAAAGGUUUUGCUGGUUGGUGCUGACGACUUCACGCUCAUUGGAAGGCCACUGCUGGGGAAGGACCUGGUCCGUGUGGAGGCCACAGUGAUUGAGAAGACGGAGUCGUGGCCCAAAAUCCACAUGCGCUUUUGGAAGAGGCACAACUAUCAGAGGAAGAAAAUCAUUAGGAACCCCCAGACCGUCCUCCGGAUCAACACCAUCGAAAUCUACCCGUGUUUGUCCUGAUUGAUGGUGGGGGGGGAAGGUGUGGCUGGGAAUCAUCAUUGCUCCAGGCAAUCAUGGAAACAAAACUGCCUCAGCACUGGAAAGUUCUGGACUUGCUGCUGUAGUGGGAAAUGGAAACUUCUACGUGCUGUCUUUUCGAAAUAAUGAAAUAUUUUUUGAACUGUCA